CCGGAAGUGACGACAGACUGGAGGUGCUGCGGCGUUUGAAAGAGAAAGGAGCUACUUUGUUUAGCUUAGCCUUUAAGUAGUUCGUGGAGGUUUCUAGUAGCCACUUAAGUCUUUAAAAUAGAUAAUAAAGUAAGUCUGAAAGAGCUCUAACAGAUGUCCUCUUUGCCUCAGAAGGCUCCGGGUGGUGGUCUGGGUGGUGUGCCGCUUCAGCAGCAGCCGCAGAGCCUCCACAUGGGCGCGGGUUCAGGGGCCUCGGUCCCCGGACAGGCCUCCAUGCCCCCCAACCCCGCCGCUCUCCGGGAAAUCUCCCCCGUCUUCCUGUGCCGCAUCGGCCAGGACACCGUGCAGGACAUCGUCACCCGCACCAUGGAGAUCUUCCAGAUCACACGGGCUACUCAGUUGCCAAAUGGAGUGACACAGAGUCAGGCAGCGUAUCAGGACCGCUUUGGGAAACUGCAGGAGCACCUGCGCCAGCUGACUUUGCUCUUCCGCAAACUCCGUCUGCUCUACGAGCGCUGUGUAGAGAUGACCUCUGACCUUCAGGAGUCUCCUGCUGAGCUGGUGCCGUAUGUUGGAGAGGAGAUGGCUCCAGUGAGAGUGGAGCCCUGCAGUCCUGCUGUGACUCAGGACAAACAAGAAGUUUUAGAGAAAGUGAGGCAGAAGAAUCAGGAGAUGAAGGUGCUGAUGGACCAGAUGAGGAACCUCCUAUGGGACAUCAAUGCCAUGCUCACAAUGCGCAAAUGACCAGAAACCCUUUCCUUCAAGUCUGCCUUUUUUUUUUUUUUUACGUGAUCCACUCUCCAUCCAGUCUCUUCUAGUCAGGCAGCUAAGGGCAGCAGAUGGCUCAGGAUCAGGGGUACUGUUACCGCUGCGUUGUGUUUAGUCUUGAUUAAUGAGAUAAGAUUCAGGUGGAGAACUUCCUCCAUUUUUACCAGCUCUCAUCUGUGAUUUGUACUUCUUGCUAUAAAGUACUGAACAGAGAUGCUCUUGGAUUAGCAGGGAUCUAGGAAUAUGAAUUCCAUGCCAAAAAGUAAGGAGUGAUCCCAGGUAUUCGCUAGAGGGACAGAUGGGAGACCAGCCUGAGCUACAGGUUUCCUGUGUGCCACUAACAUGGAAUUCCUGACCCUCGGAGCAGGAGACUGUGAGGCGUCUUUUUAUCAGGUGGAAGAUGGAGCGUAAGUGUAGGUGUAAAUUUUCUUCAGGAUAUGGGCACAGUAAUAAUGUUUGUAGGGUAAGACUUUUGUACAGUUAAAGAUCUCCAAAUCAUUUUGUAUAUAAAAUAAAAAUGUAAAAGAA